AUGUUGCUGAAGGAGUACAGGAUAUGCAUGCCGCUCACUGUGGAGGAGUACCGAAUUGGACAACUAUACAUGAUUAGCAAACACAGCCAUGAGCAAAGCGACCGAGGGGAAGGUGUUGAAGUUGUACAGAAUGAACCCUAUGAAGACCCCAUGCAUGGCCAGGGACAGUUCACGGAAAAACGAGUCUACCUCAACAGUAAACUUCCUAGCUGGGCUCGAGCAGUCGUUCCUAAAAUCUUCUAUGUAACUGAGAAGGCAUGGAACUAUUACCCUUACACAAUCACAGAAUACACCUGCUCGUUCCUUCCCAAGUUCUCCAUUCACAUAGAGACAAAAUACGAGGACAACAAAGGCAUCAACGAUAAUAUCUUUGACUCUGAGUUGAAAGACCAGGACCGAGAGGUGUGUUUUGUCGACAUUGCUUACGAUGACAUUCCUGACCGCUACUACAAGGAAUCAGAGGACUUGCGGUACUUCAAGUCAGAGAAGACGUCGAGGGGUCUCCUUCAGGAAGGAUGGAGGGACACGCAAGACCCCAUCAUGUGCUCGUACAAACUGGUCACAGUCAAGUUCGAGGUGUGGGGUCUGCAGACGCGUGUCGAGCAGUUCGUGCACAAGGUGAUUCGGGAUGUGUUGCUGCUUGGACACAGGCAGGCCUUUGCGUGGGUGGAUGAAUGGAUUGACAUGACAAUGGAUGAGGUGAGAGAAUUUGAACGGACUAUCCAAGAAGCCACCAACCAGAAGAUCGGGAUGUUUCCACCGUCGAUCUCCAUCAGUGAGACCCCCUUGUCCUCCUGUUCCCUCACCGGCCCCGCCAGCGCCCCUACCACCCCACUGUGCACUGACGCGCCCGAUUCCCUCUCGGUCUCCAAGGACCGGCCCCGCAAAAAGUCAGCUCCGGAAACCCUAACCCUUACCGAGCAGUCUCCGAGCAGUGAGCGCCAAGGAUCGACGACCGGCCCGUUUCCAACAUCGAGUCAUCCCCAGUCUUCAUUGUCGCCUUCCUCAAGCACCGAUAAUCCUGAAAUGGGAGAACAGUAG